CAGGUUACACACCAAAACUCAGGUUGUAACUACUCGGGACCCUUUUAACACCCUGUCCCCGCCCCUCGCCGCUUGCUCGCUGGAUCAUUCUCAGGGGGAGAACACACUCUCCGGCCCUCCACAACUUCCUCUCAUUUUUCUUCAGGAUGAAUCCCGCAGAAGGGGCUUCUCUCAGCUAAACACCUACCGUGGAGUAUCGAACAGGCUACUUUCCAUUAACGUUCUUUAACUUAAUUAGGAGCAACUGGAUAUCUUUCAUAGCCAAUAUUUGCUGACUGCAUUGUCUACAAUUAAGAUCAAGAUAAUCUCAGAUCUUCUUCGAUCAAGGAAACUCAAGUGUGAUAACUUGGAACUUUAAUUUUGAAUCACAUAUCCCUUUUGUUUGGAUUCUCUGUUAACGGGAUUCAGAUGCGUUAGUGCGAGAAUGACCGGCAACUGGAUACAAUUCCUGGCGUUAGCGCUGUUUAUCAGCGCGCAGCCAAUCUGCGGCAUCCCCCGGGCAGAGGGCCACUUUGGCCCCGGUGACAGCGCCUCCACUCUGGCCUUCGUCUUUGAUGUAACCGGCUCCAUGUACGACGACCUCAAACAAGUGAUUGAAGGCGCAUCUCGGAUUCUGGAGAAGACUUUAAAUCGGAGGACAAAGCCCAUCAAGAAUUUUGUCUUGGUACCUUUCCAUGAUCCAGACAUCGGCCCUGUGUCCAUAACCACUGACCCUAAGAAGUUCCAGAGGGACCUUCAGGAUCUGUUUGUUCAGGGUGGAGGGGACUGUCCAGAGAUGAGUAUAGGGGCCAUUAAGAAGGCUCUGGAGGUCUCGCUGCCCGGUUCCUUCAUCUACGUGUUCACAGACGCCCGCGCCAAAGACUACCGCCUCAAACGCGACGUCUUGCAGCUGGUGCAGCUUCGCCAGUCUCAGGUGGUGUUUGUGCUGACUGGAGACUGCGGUGACCGCACCCAGCCGGGGUACAGGGCCUACGAGGAGAUCGCCGCCACCAGCUCCGGACAGAUCUUCCACCUGGACAAGCAACAGGUCAACGAGGUACUGAAAUGGGUGGAGGAGACGGUCCAAUCCAUGAAGGUCCACCUGCUCUCCUCAGACCACGAGCAUGCCGAGGAGAACACGUGGGAUCUGCCCUUUGACCCCAGCCUCAAAGAGGUCACCGUGUCGCUCAGCGGCCCAGCGCCCCUCAUCGAACUCCGAGACCCCUUCGGUCACAUGGUGGGUGGUGAACACCAGGGGCUGACGGAACUCCUGAAUAUCCCGAACUCUGCCCGAGUGGUCAACUUGAAGAACCCACGACCAGGUGCAUGGACACUAAAGGUUGGCUGUGCUGGGCGACACACACUCCGUGUGACUGGUGUCAGUAACCUGGACUUCAGAGCAGGAUUCUCCAGUGUCCCUGUCUCCGAGUACCACACCAGGGAGAGGCCCAUCAAAGGUCUGCCCACCCACGUGCUGCUGAAGUGUUCAGGGCUGACCCCCCCCGGCCUGAUCACACACACGGAGCUGGUGUCAGCGGGGGGGCGUUCUCUCCGCACCCUCCCUGUGCCCCUGCCAGCUGACCGCGGCUCUGGCGGCCUCUGGAGCGUCCCCGAGUUCCGCUCGCCCUCCCAGAGCUUCUUCAUGAAGGUGUGCGGGAAAGACGCCGACGGAUUCCCCUUCCAACGGCUCUCCACCGUGUCCUACACAAACAUUAUCCCAGUGCCCCCCUCAGUGAGUAUGCCUGCGGUGGUGCGUGGGUACUACAUGCAGCCUGCACUGCUGAGCUGCUCUGUGGACAGCGAUGUUCCUUUCCGUCUCCGUUUCACCCGCGAUGGAGUCACGCUGGGACAGGAGCAGCCUUUCCAGUCCUCUGGCAAAGCAUCAUGGGAAAUCCCCCACGCGUCCGGCAACGAUGAGGGCUUUUACGAGUGUGUGGCCCAGAGUAGCGCUGGCACAGGGCGAGCCAUCACACAACUCACAGUCACAGAGCCUCCCCCAGUGUUGCGUUCGGCGGUGAACGUGUCGGCGUCGGUGGGGGGCGUGGCUCUGCUGCGCUGCCAGGUGGACGGCUCCAUGCGCCACAACCUCACCUGGCUGCGCUCCGGCCACGUCCUUGGCCAGCGCUCCGGACGCGUCCGCCAGCGACCCGACGCCUCGCUCGAGAUCAGCGCCGUGACAACGCAGGACGCAGGGCAGUACCAGUGCGUGGCCACCAACUCCCACGGAGACAGUCGCAUCAACGUCUGGCUGCUGGUGCCAGAGGCCCCGCGUGUGGAGGUGACACCCCAGACACAGAGCUUCACGCUGGGCUCAGAGGUGACCCUCUCCUGCUCCGCCUCUGGGUCUCCUCCACCAAAGCUCUUCUGGAGCCACGGGAACAUAUUCAUCAGCCGCAACCACAGGAUGACCAUAUCGGAGCGCGGGACCCUCACCAUCAGACACACCAUCGCAGAGGAUGCUGGGAACUACACGUGCCUCGCCACCAACGAGGCUGGCACUGCCAGUCAAUCCACCUACCUCACCUUCGCAGAGAAGCCCAGGGUGUCUGCGGUGCGGUCUACUGUGCUGGUGGAGUCGGGGGGGGAUGCCACCCUCCAGUGCAGCGCCAGCGGGAACCCCCCACCUCUCAUCCACUGGUACAAAGGUGAUCUGGACCUGGGUGAGGUGGCGUUUGCGGAGCAGGAUGUGCAGAGCGGUGAGCUGCGGAUCAGAGGAGUGCAGGGGCUAGACGCGGGGCAGUACACCUGUGUGGCCAGCAGCUCCGCAGGGACCACCUCAGCAUCCGUGCACCUGGAGGUCGGAGUUGCCCCCCAGUUCUCCGAGGCUCCUCUGGACAUGGCAGUGGACGUGGGGGAGAAUGUGACCCUGCUGUGUGUCGCCCGCGGAGUCCCGGUCCCCACGGUAACGUGGCGCCGUGGAGACGGCCGUCUCAUCCCUACCAAACCAGGCGCCCACGGCAACGACCUGCAGCUGGCAUCCAGAGCUCUGCACAUCCAGAGUGUGUGGCUGGAUGAUGAAGGCGUGUACAUCUGUGAGGCUGAGAACCCGUUUGGAUCCAUCAGAACCGAAGCCAGAGUCUCUGUCACUGGUGUGGUACCCCCGCUACUGGCUCAGGUCGCUCCAGUCAGCACCACCGUGAUUGGUCAGUCCCUGACUAUUCCUUGCAUGCUAUUGGACGGCGUGCCACUUCCUGAAAGAGUCUGGACACAUAAUGGACAACAGAUGGAGUUCAGUAGUCGGGUGUUCCUCCGCAGUGACGGCAGUCUGCACGUGGAGAGGGCCGCUGCAGAGGAUUCUGGGACUUAUGUGUGUACUGCCAUAAAUGUGGCCGGAUCUGCCAACAUCUCAGUCAGCCUGGAGGUUCAUGUGCCUCCAGAGAUCAACCAAGGGCCUGUGCACUACAUAGCCAACGAGGGCGUGGGCAUCUCCCUAUCCUGUGUGGCCAGAGGAGUGCCCCUGCCCACCCUGCUGUGGGCCAAGGGCAGAGACCCCAUGCCCCCGCAGGGUUUGGCGCUGCGCUGGGACCCCGAUGGUGAGCUCCACAUCCCGAGCCCCACGGCGCAGGACGCAGGGGUGUACGUCUGCACCGCCACCAGCCCCGCGGGUUACGCCAGCCGAGAAGUGCAGCUCAGCGUCAACACGAAGCCCAAAAUAGCCGGAGUGGACGAGCAGCAAAAGCCAGUCAAGAUGGCCGCCGAGGUGGGGUCAGAGGUCAUCCUGCCGUGUGAGGUGGAGGGCAGCCCGACCCCAUCGGUGACCUGGAGCCGGAACGGCCACCCCAUCCCUCCUGUCACUGCCUGGUUCACUGUCCUUCCAUCUGGCUCUCUGAAGAUCACUGAUGUCCGUGUGAUUGACAGCAAGCUGUACACCUGCUCUGCAGCCAACCCAGCUGGCAACGUGUCCCUCACCUACAAUUUACAUGUUCAAGCGAAACCCCGGAUCCAGGCAGCGCCCUCAUCGCUGAAGGCCCUGGUUGGCCAGACGGUGGUUCUGCCAUGUGUGGUUCAGGGGGAACCCAGGCCGGAGAUCACCUGGUUCCAUGACGGGAAAGUGGUGGGACACCAGAACACGUUCAAGAUCGCGGCCGUCACACACUCGCACAGCGGAACGUACAGCUGCGUGGCCAAGAACAGCGCUGGCGAGGAGUCCAUACACACCACCCUGGAGGUGCUAGAGGCCCCUCACUUUGGAGAGACGGGAGAGGUCAUCAUCGAGAAGGUCGCCCUCAGCCCAGUCACCAUCCCCUGCCCUGCCAGAGGUUCUCCUCAGCCUAAGGUGCGCUGGUUUAAAAAUGGCCUGGAAGUCCACCACAGCCAAUCAGAGCUGGGCAUCAGCAUCACCCCGGAGGGCUCGCUGCUGAUUGGCUCCCUGUCUGCCAGUCACAGUGCAGACUUUAAGUGUGUGGCCACCAACGAGGCCGGGUCGGUGGAGAGGAAGACCCGGCUGAAAGUUAUCGUCCCCCCAGAGAUCCAGGAUGAUGGGCAGCCCCUGAACCUGACAGUGACCCAGAGGCAGCCUCUCACGCUGGGCUGCGACGCCUUCGGCAUCCCCUCACCCUCCAUCACCUGGACCAAAGACGGCAAACCUGUGGUGCAGACCCCGGGAGUGUACCUGCAGAAUGGGAACAGACUCUUGCGGAUCUAUCGGGUCCAGCCGGAACACGCUGGCCGGUUCUCCUGUAAGGCGCAGAACCCGGCAGGGGAGACACGCAGGGACUACAACAUAGACGUGCAAGCUCCCCCUGUAAUCUCAGGUUCUGGAGGGGUGCAGGAUGUAUCUGUGGUGGUUGAGCAACAGGUGGAGAUGCAGUGUCGUGUGAGUGGGAAGCCCCUGCCCAAAGUGGAGUGGACUCGUGACGGAGAGGUCCUGUCUCGUAGCGGUGACCCCCAUGUUGAGUUCCUGGAGGAAGGGCAGGUGCUGCGGGUCAAGUCGGUACGUCUGAGAGACCAGGGCCUCUACCAGUGUGUGGCAAGCAACAACGCCGGUGCCCAGACACGCCAGUUCAGACUCACUGUCCAGGAGGCUCCAUCCAUCAGGGGCUCGGAGGAGCCAGAGGAGGUGUCGGUGGUGCUGGGCUUCCCCGUGGUGCUGCGCUGUGAGGCUGAGGGGGCGCCGCGGCCCAGCAUCACCUGGCUGAGGGACAGCCUGCCCCUGGUGUCCAGCCCCCAGACCACUUACCUGCGAGGGGGGCAGGAGCUACGCCUGGGGGCUACCCGGGCCGACGACGCGGGGUCCUACACCUGCCGUGCCACCAACCCGGCCGGCACCGCACACCGCCACUACACGCUCAGCAUUCUGGUUCCUCCUCAGAUUGAAGGAGGGGACUCUGUGUCGGUGAUGUUUGGCCACAGGGAGGAGAAAGUCCGCAUCAACGGAACUCUGCUGCUGUCCUGCCUGGCCAAAGCCUUCCCUGAGCCCAUCACCCAGUGGUUCAAAGAUGGACAGAUGGUGAGGGGGGCGUCUCACCCCGGGCUGCGGGCAGAUGGUCACCUGCUGCACCUUGAGAAUGCUGCACUGACUCACGAGGGACAGUACACCUGUGUGGUCACUAACCCAGCAGGAGAGGACAAGAGGGACUUCCACGUCACCAUACAGGUACCCCCCAUCUUCCAGCGCGUGAGUAACGGUGUGGCAGGCUGGUCGCUGGGUGAGGAUGAUGAUGAUGAAGGUGAUGUGAUGACGGAGCAGAGGGAGGUGGUGCUAGGUCAUCCAGUCUCCCUGACCUGCGAAAGCAACGCCAUCCCCCCACCCCUGCUCAGCUGGUACCGGCACGGACGCAAACUCACCAGCGCCGACGGAGUCGUACUGCUACCAGGGGGUCAGACACUGCAGAUCCCUCGUGUCCAGCUAGAGGAUGCUGGGAAAUAUACGUGUCAGGCGGUAAACGAGGCAGGAGAGGACCGCAUGCACUUUGACCUGGAAGUACUGGUUGCCCCGGUGAUCUCGAGCCAAUCGGAUGAGUUUGUGGAGGAGGUGAGCGCGGUGGUGAACAGCACGGUGGUCCUGCGGUGUGACGCCACAGGAAACCCGCCGCCUGCCAUCUCCUGGCUCAGGGACGGCCGACCGCUCUUCAGCGGAGACCACCACCAGAUCCUGGAGGACGGAGCAGCACUGGAGCUCCUGGGCGUGCAGGUGUCGGACAUGGCCGGGUACCUGUGUGUGGCAGAGAACAAGGUGGGCGCCGUGGAGAAGCUCUUUAGCCUGUCUGUGCAAGUUCCGCCAAAGAUGAUUGGCCAGAAGGACGAGGAAGUGAGUGUGGUGGAGGGUCACAUGGUGUCUUUGCUAUGCGAUGUCCAGGCGUACCCCCCACCUGAGAUCACCUGGACACGAGACGGACAGCUGCUCCAGUUCAGUACCGGAAUGCACAUACUACCAGGUGGUCAGAUGCUUCAGCUUCCACGGGCUCGUAAGGAGGACGCUGGUCAGUAUGUUUGCACAGCCACAAAUUCAGCCGGUCAAGAUCAGAAGAGCAUCCUGCUCAAUAUCUACGUUCUCCCGUCCCUGGUGCCCCGCCCUGAGUAUGAGUCAGAGGUCAUGACCCCUCAUGUGGGGUCAACGGUGUCUCUCAGCUGCGAGGCUCAGGGCACACCAGAACCCAAGGUCACAUGGUACCACAACGGACUCCAGCUCACCCCCGGCAACGGCCUCAAGAUAGAGCGCCACCGCCUGGACAUUCAGGGAAUACAGGUGGCUGACGGGGGGCUGUACACCUGUAAGGUGUCGAACGUGGCUGGCCAUGUGGACCGCACCUUCAGAGUCACGGUACACGUGCCCCCAGUGCUGGAGGGUCCUCUCCACGAGUCCGUCACCCAGACGCUGGGUACCCACGUCACCCUGCUGUGUGAGGCCACCGGCGUUCCUGUCCCCAGCGUCACAUGGCUCAAAGACGGCACUCCCAUUGAGAGCAGUCUGCAGUGGCAGUGGUCAGUUCGGGGCAGCAGGUUGGAGCUGGGUCCUCUGCAGCUCUCCCACGCCGGCACCUACACCUGCGUGGCCAAAAACAACGAGGGACAGACACAGAAGGACUAUGCACUCACUGUACAAGUGUCACCCACCAUCCUGGAUUCGGGGCGUCCGUCUGACGUGAGCGGGCCCGUGGGGGAGCAGCUGACCCUGGAGUGCCGAGUGAUGGGAACCCCGACACCGCAGGUCAGCUGGCUCAAGGACGGUGUCACGCUGGACGGCUCGGACGCAGGACACCUCAGUAUCUCACCAGAUGGGGGCGCCCUGACUCUACUGAGCCUGCGUCCAGAGGACUCUGGGACAUACACCUGUCUGGCAGUGAGCCCAGCUGGACAGGAGAGCAAGAUCUACUCCCUCUUCGUCAUGGUGCCCCCGUCCAUCAGCGGUGAGAGCAGCAGCCCGCGUGAGCUGCAGGCCACGCAGAACAGCGUGGUCACCCUGGAGUGCCAGACGUCGGGGAACCCGCCGCCCCAGAUCAGCUGGCUCAAGAACGGCCGCCCACUAGCCCUGUCCUCGCGCACACGACUCCUCAGCAGAGACUCUGUAGUCAGGAUCUCUCCGGUGCAGCUCUCUGAUGCUGGAGUGUACACCUGUGUGGCCCGCAGUCGAGCUGGUCAGGACGAACUCAACUUUGACCUGCAGGUUCAAGUCCCUCCAGGUGUGGACCAUGUGGAGCCCACGGAGCAGGUGACGGUGGUGUCGGGGUCCCAGGUGACGCUCACCUGCGAGGCGCGUGGCGUGCCCCCGCCCACUCUCACCUGGCUGAAGGACGGUCAGCCGCUGUCUCUGCAGCGGAACCUGCUGCUGGACGGUCAGGAGACGCGCCUCCAGCUGCCGCUCGUGGGAUUGGCCGACGCCGGACUGUACAGCUGCGUCGCUUCCAACCAGGCCGGGUCCAGCACCAAGACCUUCAACCUCACCGUCCUGGAACCCCCGCGUAUCUCCGGCUCGUCGUCCCCUGAGGAGAUGCUGGUGGCGGUGGACAGUGUGCUGGAGCUGGAGUGUGUGGCCGAGGGGCUCCCCCCUCCCUCCCUGAGCUGGCUGAAGGACGGCCAGCCCCUGGGGGAGAGAUCUGACCUCAUCCAGAGGGGGGGGCAGCUCCUCAGGAUCAAUAAAGUACAGGUGGAGGAUGCUGGCCUCUACACCUGUCUGGCCUCAAGUCCAGCUGGAGAGGACGGUAGAAAUCACUGGGUUCGAGUCCAAGUUCCGCCCACCCUCCUCGGCUCGGAUGAUGUCAGAGUGGUCUCCGUCCCGAAAAAAGGUCACCUGACCCUGGAGUGCCAGACGGAGGGAGACCCGCCUCCCAUGAUCGAGUGGUACAAGGACGACGCCAAACUGCAGCCGGGCGGUCGUAUCCAGAGCAUCGCUGGCGGUCAGAUUCUGGAGAUUGCGGACGUGCGGUCGGAGGACAGUGGCCAGUAUAGCUGCAUGGUGACCAACAUCGCCGGAAGCUCCAGCCUCUUCUUCACCGUGGAAAUCUUAUUGCCUCCGGUCAUCAGAGAGGGCAGCUCAGUGGUCACAGCACAUGUCAAUCAGGAUGCUGUCCUACCGUGCGAGGUGCAGGGCGGGACGUCUCCGUCUGUGAUCUGGAGGAGGGACAGUGGUCCACUGGCGCUAGGCAAUGGCAGGUACACCCUGUUGUCCGAGGGCUCUCUACGUAUUGAGUCUGUCCAGGUGGCUGACGCAGGCAGGUACUACUGCACCAUCUCCAAUGCAGCAGGCUCGGACCACAGAGGCAUGGACCUCAGAGUGUUUGUUGGCCCCUCCAUCAGUGCGGGGCCGCUGAAUGUGACGGUGACGUCGGGCCAGCGGGCAGUCUUGAGCUGCGAGGCCACAGGUGCACCUGCUCCCACGGUCACCUGGAGGAGGAACGGAGCGCCGCUCAACACCGACCUCCCCUCAGGGACCUACAGACUGCUGUCCUCUGGUUCUCUGGUCCUGCUGGCGCCCUCUGAGGACGAUGAAGGCUACUUCGAGUGUGUGGCCGAGAACGAGGCUGGAGAGGAACGCAGGGUCAUCGAGGUCAUUCUCCAAGUCCCCCCGACCAUCGAGGAUGAUGUCACCACCGUCACGGCGAUUAAGAUGUCUCCCGUGGUUCUGCCCUGCCAGGCAACAGGCCGUCCAGAACCAACCGUCAGCUGGACCAAGAGCGGCGCCCAGCUGGGUUCCCGGGGGGGUAGUCACCGGGUCCUGCCCACGGGUGCUCUGGAGAUCACUGCUAGUCUCCCAAGCCAUGCAGGGAGGUACACCUGUGCAGCCCGCAACCCUGCAGGCGUGGCCUACAAACAUGUCACUCUCAGCGUGCAAGAGCCUCCAGAGGUCAGACCCAUGGCCGAGGAAGUCCAGGUGGUGCUGCACCAGGGUGUCGUCCUGCCCUGUGAUGUCACAGGCUUCCCCCGACCCUCCAUCACCUGGCAGAGGGAGGGCGUUCCCCUGGCAACCGGGCACCGGAUGGCUCUUCUGUCCAAUGGAGCCCUCAAGUUCUCUCGGGUUACCCUGGGCGAUGCCGGAACCUACCAGUGCCUGGCUCAGAACGCAGCUGGCACUGCCGUGGGUAGAAUCCGCCUGGUUCUGCAAGUGCCCCCGGUGUUGAGUGUUCCGCGGUCGGAGUACUCCGCUGUGCUGGGCCAGCUGGCCAGCCUGGAGUGUGGUGCGGACGGGCAGCCUCCCCCCGAGGUGAGCUGGCACAGGGACCGGCGCCCCCUGGUGGAUGGCACACACCUGCGUGUCUUCGCCAACGGAACCCUGCGCAUCACGGCCGUCCAGCGCGGUGACGCGGGUCUCUACACCUGCUCCGCCCACAACACCGCGGGCAGGGCCAGCCAUGACAUCAGACUCAUCGUCCAGAUCCCGCCCAUGAUUCCUGUUGGCCAGUCGGAACUGUCAGUCAUCCAGGGUUUCCAGGCACUGUUGCCAUGCGCCGCUCAGGGUCAGCCGGAACCUCGGGUCACCUGGGAGAAGGGCGGGCUCCUGGUGCCCAACCUCCCGGGAAAAUUCACCACGCUCCGCUCAGGAGAACUCAUCAUCGAGAGGGCUGAGCCUGGCGACGCAGGUGUGUUUACCUGUGUGGCCACCAACGCCGCCGGCUCCACUCGACAGGACAUCCAGCUGUCGGUCAACAUGCGGCCCGCCUUCAAAGAGCUGCCCGGAGACGUUACUCUCAACCGAGGGCAGCCGCUCAGCCUGUCCUGCCACGCCCAGGGCACACCUACACCCAGCAUCACCUGGACAUUCAACAACAGCCCGCUUACAGGGGUGACCGUGGACGAGUCAGGCCGCAGCUCGCUGCUUGUUGAGAAUGUGACGACGGCCGAUGCGGGCACAUACGUCUGCGUGGCGGAGAACAGCGUGGGCAGCAUACGGGCACUGUCCUUCGUGCGGGUCAGAGAGCCCCCGUUGCUGCGCGGUGAGGCCCACACGUCCCAGCUGGUACCGCAGGGUGGGGUGGCGCUGCUGGACUGCGCUGUGCGAGGUGACCCAGUACCCGCACUACGCUGGUUCCGAGAUGGACGGCCGCUCCUGGAUUCGCUGCGACUCCACCCCCUUCGCAACGGCUCAUUGGCCAUCUACAGCGUCACGAGUGGAGACUCUGGGGAGUAUCGGUGUGUAGCAGAGAGUGAGGCUGGUGUGGCGGAGAGGACCAUCUCUCUCAAAGUUCAAAUCCCUGGAGGAUACUCCAGCUGGCAGUCCUGGAGCCCUUGUAGUGUCAGCUGUGGGCGGGGCAUCCAGGAGCGAAUCAGAUUGUGCAACAACCCAGCUCCUGCCAAUGGUGGGCCUCCAUGUGAGGGCCCCAGUGUGGACUCCAAAGCAUGCCAGGCUUCUUUGUGUCCAGGGGAGUCUCCUCGGCGUGCGCGGGGCAGUUUGAUCGGCAUGGUGAAUGAGCGGGAGUUUGGCGUGGCCUUCCUGGAGGCCAACAUCACAGAGAACCCUGAGGAGGGCACCAGCACUCUGGAGGCCCACGUGGACAACAUCCCCCCCAGUGUGGGUCCUCUCCUGCGUGUGCUAGUCUCUGUGUUCGCCCCCAUCUACUGGACAACGGUGCACCAGACGGAGGAGACUCUGAACGGCUACUCCCAGACUCAGGGCAACUUCAGACAGGAAUCCCAGCUGGAGUUCGAUACUGGGGAAAUCCUGAAGCUGACACAUGUUGCUCGAGGCCUUGAUUCUGAGGGGGUGCUCCUGGUGGACAUAGUCAUCAAUGGCUACCUGCCUCCCAUCCUGGCCACAUCACACCUCACCCUACAGGAGUUUGACGAGUCGUACGUGCAGACGGGCCCUGGGCAGCUGUACGGCUGGUCGUCCCAGAGCCACCAGCGGGGGGACGGGACGCCCCUGGUGCUGCGCUGCAACCACACGCUGGCCUUCGAGGGGCCCGCCGAGCGGCAGGGGCCGCUACUCCAGCUGCUCCGACUCACCGCCGUCAGCGGCAGCUAUAGCACGCUCACGCUCAGCCUGGACUUCCAGAUGACCGCUACGCUAAUGCUGCCAGAUGGUGAUGGAGAGUCCUGCCCCAAUGGGUUUGUGCUGGAUACAGCUUCAUACUGUACUGAUGAGGAUGAGUGUGUGGUUGGAUCUCCCUGCUCUCACUCCUGCAGCAACAUCAUGGGGGGAUUCUCCUGCACCUGCCCCACCGGGUUCUCCAUCUCCCCCAAAUCACACACGUGCCAAGACAUUGAUGAGUGUGGCCAGGGUUCCCACAUGUGCCACUACAACCAGCUGUGCGUGAACACCGUGGGCACCUACCGGUGCCAGGCCCGCUGCGGACCCGGCUUCAAGCCCAGCCUCUCCGGGACCGGCUGCGAGGAUGUGGAUGAGUGUAAGGAGUCAGCGGUGUCGCCAUGCCAACACCAGUGUCUCAACACACUGGGCUCGUACCGCUGCGCCUGUCACACUGGGUACCAGAUGUCUGGUCAUCGUUGUCUAGACAUCAAUGAGUGCAUGAGAAACGUGUGUCCAGCUAAUCAGCAGUGUCGGAACACGGAAGGCGGGUACCAGUGCUUUGACAGCUGCCCCGCUGGCAUGACAACAACCGAGGAAGGCUCCUGCGCGGACAUUGAUGAGUGUCAGGACGGCAGUCACAUGUGCCGGUACAGCCAGAUCUGCCAGAACACAGUGGGAGGCUACGGGUGUGUGUGUCCCAGAGGCUACAGCUCACAGGGGGUCGGCCGCCCAUGCCUUGACAUCGAUGAGUGCCUGCAGAACCCCAGCCCUUGCGCCCACCAGUGCCGGAACGUUCCGGGCAGCUUCCGGUGCCUGUGCCCGCCUGGCACGGUGCUGCUGGGCGACGGGCGCUCGUGCGCGGGGCUGGAGCGCGGGCACACGCUUCGGAACGGCACGCGGGUACGGGUGCCCCUGCGGCCCCAGCUGGUGUCCACGCUGGGCAGACCCUACCUGCCCAGGCUGGCACAGGUGCCCGAGCGCCAGCACAGCUCCCGGAGCCCGCGGCACGGAUGCCCAGCCGGCUACACCAGCGAGGACGGCACCUGCGUGGACAUUGAUGAGUGUGCCCAGAGGAAGCCAUGCCAACAUGAGUGCAGGAACACUGUGGGUAGCUACCGCUGCCAGUGCCCGCCCGGGUACCAACUUAUGCCCAACGGACGCACCUGCAAAGACAUCGAUGAGUGUGCGGUCCAAGGGGUCCAGUGUGGACUCAAUCAGAUGUGCUUUAACACACGCGGAGGAUACCAGUGCCUGGACACACCCUGCCCUGCUUCCUACCACCGUGGGGGAACCCCAGGGACGUGCUACCGGCCGUGCUCGCGUCUGGACUGCGCUGCUGGCGGCUCCCCCCUGCUGCUGCAGUACAAGCUGCUGACCCUCCCCCUGGGCAUCCCGUCCAGCCACAGCGUGGUGCGUCUGUCCGCCUUCUCCGAGUCGGGCACGCUGCAGGAGCGCACGUCCUUCCGGCUGCUGGAGCAGAGCGCAGAGGACGGCAGCCGGCCCUUCGGCGUCCGUGACGAGGGCGGGAGGGGCAUCAUCUUCACGCUGCGCCCGCUGGAGCGGCCGGGACUGGUCAAGCUCAGGGUGCAGGCCACUACGCUGUCGGAGCAGGGCCGCGUCACCUACCAGAGCAUCUUCAUCAUCUACAUCUCCAUCUCCACUUACCCCUACUAAACACACACACACACACAUACGGACACAAAGAGAGACAUGGAUACAAAAAGCCUUACUGAACUGCCACACAUCCAGAUACACACACACACACAAAAACACACACACACACACACACAUACGGACACAAAGAGACAUGGAUACAAAAAGCCCUACUGAACUGCCACACAUCCAGAUACACACACACACACACAAAAACACACACACACACACACACACAUACGGACACAAAGAGACAUGAACACAAAAAGCCCUACUGAACAGCCCCACAUCUAGAUACACACACAGUUACUGAACACAAACGCACACACACACACACACAUAAACACAUUUCUAAGCACACCCAUUGACUACAGGAUUUGGGAGGGGCUCUUGCAGACGGCAGAGCUGGCACGCAUGCGGCCCUGUCCUGACCUCUAUUGGUCUUUAGAACCACCAGGACAUGCGGGGGUGGACAGCCAAUGUGCCUUAUUAUAAUACAGAGCCAAUCUGAGGGAAUACAAGCAGCCAAUGUCCCUAAGUAAUAAACAGAGACAAUCUGCAUUAAACAUCUAAGGUGCUUUAGUAUCAAUAAAACCAGUGUACAGCUCAUUGCGCUACAAGCCAUUUGGAAAUAUCUCACUAAGACAACACAGGUUACCUGGGAUUGUGAAAGCCUUGCAAAAAGAAAAGUAUUUUAUCUGUCCAACUGGUUUAGAUUGGCUUUUAUUCUGAUCCUCACUGAAAUGCUGCCCCCUUCAAGAAAGGAGUAAAGUCACAGAUUAGAUGUUAACAUGUAAAAUGUGUUCAAAUAUUCAAUGUGCUUUAGCUUAAGCAAUCUGUGUAGAUUUAAACAGCCAAAGUGCUUUAGUGUUACAGUGCAGAAUGGCAACAGAAGGUUCCCUUUUCCUCUGCAGUUUGACCUGCUUCUAUCACCAGUUGUUACAGUUCAGAGCAACAACAGAAGGUUUCCUUUUCCUCUGCAGUUUGACCUGCUUCUAUCACCAGUUGUUACAGUUCAGAGCAACAACAGAAGGUUUCCUUUUCCUCGGCAACAACAGAAGGUUUCCUUUUCCUCGGCAACAACAGAAGGUUUUUCUUUUCCUCGGCAACAACAGAAGGUUUCCUUUUCCUCGGCAACAACAGAAGGUUUUUCUUUUCCUCGGCAACAACAGAAGGUUUCCUUUUCCUCGGCAGUUUAUCACCAUUUGCAGGCCCCACAGGGACACGUUGGCAGAGCUGAGGAUAGCUGUCCUCCCUGACCAAUGCAGAGCUGAGGAUAGCUGUCCUCCCUGACCAAUGCAGAGCUGAGGAUAGCUGUCCACCAAUGCCUUACCAAAGGGCAGAAAAACAUAUACAUCCAGGAUGUCAAACAUCCACCCUGGUCACCUGAUGCCACACCUCCGGUUAAAGGCUAGUCUGUGACUUCAUGCAGACUCACAGGGUGUCUAUCGCAGGCCAUGGACUUACCUUUAACAUUCUGUAGAUAGCAGCCCACCCAGUUAGAUAGCAGUUCUGCAGCCAUACACACA